AUGUCCCAGUCUGGAAAAGUCCUUCAUCUGUACGUGGAGGUAAGGUCAGCCCCGGAGCAGGAUGGGAGGGGGGGCUCGGGCGGAGGAGUGGAGGGGCCUGAGACUGGGAGUAACUCAGCCUCAGCACAGGAUGGGCCGGCUGGGCUUUUGUCCCAGCUAGCCGGCCAGACAAAAUGCCAGACUCCUACCAAAGCUCCAACGCACCGCCUAGCCCAUAACUUCACCCACACCCAGUCUCCCUCCAGACAUACAGUGAGCUUCCAGCUCCACCAAGGCAAUGGCAACCAGUCACCUAGCAUCUCCAAGCGGCAGAGUUUACCAGCAGCACUGACCCACUCCCCAGCCUUUUCCGGAAAUGGGAGGACCACCACCCCCCACACACCCCCCUCCAAAGGGCAGGGGGUGGGGGGAAAUGCCAAACGCUCGGUGGUCACCUUCAGCUACAUUGAGAAGGCUAACGUCAAGACAGUGGAGAGCCCACAGAACUCUGCCUGUCAGAGGAGGUCUAGGGAGGAGAGGUCAUCCCCACCUUCCCACCCCCGGAAGAGACUCAGCGAUCCCAUCUGGUUGGGUAGUCCUGGCUCCUCCUGCAGCUCCAGUCCCAAACUAGCGUUUCGUCCCCCAGGGUGUAUCCAGCAGCAGCAACAGCAGCAACUAUCAGUCUCCCCCAGCCACCGCCACCCCGUCUUGGAUCCCGUCGGCAGGGCAGCCACCCAGCGUGCCCUGGAUGAGUUUGGGUUUGGUUCCCCCCUGCUCAGGAGUAAGAUCAUCCAUGGGCUCGAGCAGAGUCCCAGGGGCUCCCGCCACAACCAGCAGGCCCGUUGUCUGUCCUGGGCAGGUGGCUCUCCUGUCCAACGCCACAGCGCCUGCAAUAAUCUCCCCAAUAAUCACGCCAUGGACGCAGAUAGAAACCGGGCCGUUUGCGGGCCAUUACCCAGGAGCCCAGCCUCCGACCAGCUUUCGUCCCAUGCUAGGCAGGCCGCUCUGUGUAUGUCUCCUAACUCGAGACCCAGGUUGUGCAUGGGGCCCCAGGCCCAGAGCCCACACCACUGGGCAGGUCAGGACAAAGUUAUCACAGGAAGUCCAGCCACCCAGAGACAAGUACACAAGCCCUGUAACAGCAGUUCCUCCCCUCAAGGGACCAUUCUCCAACUUAGCAAUAAACUAGGGGUGGGAACUGUACUGAACCAGCUAAGUGGUAGCAAACCCUCCUCCUCAGCCAACAGCCCUGAAGUGGCCCGGAAGCUAGCCGAGGAGGCUACUAAAGUAUCCUCUAUUUUAACAGAGGUAAGAAGGAACUCAUUGACAUUGCACAGCACUUUAGACGAAGUAGAGAGCCCCAACUCUGGAUGUAUGUCCGGAGAAGCCAACAGUUCUGUCCCAAAAGCACAACGGCAACAUUUGCAGCAUCAGAAAGUUAAGAUGAACAUCCCUUUACACGGCCUACACACACCAGCAUUGAACGACACUGACUCUCACCAGGCUGGAAACUCUUUACCAUCGUCACGCACACAGGACACAAACUCUCCAACACUAACCAAUCAUGGGACACAGCACGGAGGAGGGCGGGCUCUGGUUCAGAGCUCCAUCCUAUCAGACGCAGUAGUGGGUGGAGGAGUGUCCCCAGCCCUGCCUUCACGCUUCCUCCAUCCCUUUCUUCCCCCAGCCGAGACCAGCUCCCCUCUGAGGGACCCCAGGCUGCUGAGAGCCCAGGUCAGAGUCACCGAGAGCCCCACGCUGCACCGCUGUCAGCCCCCGCAAUACACUGGAGAUUUCUGGUCCUUGGAGCCGGACAGGAGAGCCGACUUGUCCUGCUUCGACAGGGGGGACAGUGCCGAGCUGGCCCGUAGGCUCUACAUACGCCAGAGUGUGGAAGAAGCGCCUGUCAGCUGGACUUCCAGGCAGCCCUGGAGCCACCUGGCAGGGGAGGAGAGCAGCAGCUCCAGUUCCAGCCCCAGACAUGGACCUGGACCCGGUCAGCAGCCCUUGAGCACGGCCCAGCAGAAGAGGGCCGAGCAGAGGAGGAGGGAAGUUCUGCUGCUGGGCCCUGUGGUGCUGGACUCCCCAGAGGAGGACGAGGGCCUGGAUGGGGAUGGGGAGGAGGAUGAGGAGGAGGUUUACGGACCAGGGCAGCAGCCAGGCCUGCUGAGGGUGGAGGAGCCUCGAGAGGGGGAGCAAAUUGGGGUAGCGGGGUCCUCGUCACGCAGCUCCAGCGGGGUGACGGGCAGCCUAGGUGAAAGGGAAUAUGUGUCCCCAGAGUCCAGUCAGUCCAGCCACCAGAGCAACGAGACAGGAGCUGCCACCUCAGGGAUACAGGUGAGACAUUCCUCUUCUUACACUCCCCUACAUAUUUAUUUGGACAGUGAAGCUAAAACUUUUAAUUUGGCUCUAUACUCCAGCAUUUUGGAUUUGAGAUCAAAUGUGUAAUAUGAAGGGACAGUACAGAUUGUUACCUUUUAUUUGAGGGUAUUUUCAUACAUAUCUGUUUUACCAUGUAGAAUGUCAUUUUCAUGUAUCAACUCCCUCCAUUUAAAGGAGUCAUAAGAAUUUGGACAAAUUCACUUACACUCCCCUACAUAUUUAUUUGGACAGUGUAGCUAAAACUUCAAAUUUGGUUCUAUUCUCAAGCAUUUUGGAUUUGUCAUUUUGGAUGACUACUUUAAAACACAUAUACAGUGGGGAGAACAAGUAUUUGAUACACUGCAGAUUUUGCAGGUUUUCCUACUUACAAAGCAUGUAGAGGUCUGUAAUUUGUAUCAUAGGUACACUUCAACUGUGAGAGACGGAAUCUAAAACAAAAAUCCAGAAAAUCACAUUGUAUGAUUUUUAAGUAAUGAAUUUGCAUUUUAUUGCAUGACAUAAGUAUUUGAUCACCUACCAACCAGUAAGAAUUCCGGCUCUCACAGACCUGUUCAUUUUUCUUUAAGAAGCCCUCCUGUUCUCCACUCAUUACCUGUAUUAACUGCACCUGUUUGAACUCGUUACCUGUAUAAAAGACACCUGUCCACACACUCAAUCAAACAGACUCCAACCUUGGCCAUUGUGGAGAGGUUGGAGUCUGUUUGAUUGAGUGUGUGGACAGGUGUCUUUUAUACAGGUAACGAGUUCAAACAGGUGCAGUUAAUACAGGUAAUGAGUGGAGAACAGGAGGGCUUCUUAAAGAAAAACGAACAUGUCUGUGAGAGCCGGAAUUCUUACUGGUUGGUAGGUGAUCAAAUACUUAUGUCAUGCAAUAAAAUGCAAAUUAAUUACUUAAAAAUCAUACAAUGUGAUUUUCUGGAUUUUUGUUUUAGAUUCCGUCUCUCACAGUUGAAGUGUACCUAUGAUAUAAAUUACAGACCUCUACAUGCUUUGUAAGUAGGAAAACCUGCAAAAUCGGCAGUGUAUCAAAUACUUGUUCUCCCCACUGUAAGUGAAUUUGUCCAAAUACUUCUAAAUGGUAAAACAGAUAUGUAUGAAAAUAACCUCAAAUAAAAGGUGACAUUCUGUGCUGUCGCCUCAUAUGAAACAUUUGAUCUCAAAUCCAAAAUGCUGGAGUAUAGAGCCAAAUUAAAAGUUGUAGCUUCACUAUCCAAAUAAAUACGUAGGGGAGUGUAUAUGCAUUAAAAUAUUAAUUAAAAUAUAUAAAAGUUAACUAAAUGUAUCUUGUUAUUUAUUAAUUUUGCCAUGUGUACAUGUCUGGAUGUGUGUUCCAGACGGACAGUGGCGCUGCAGUCCCAGGCCCCUCCCUCCACUCCCAGAGGAUAGCUCGUGCCAAGUGGGAGUUCCUAUUUGGGACACCCGCUGAGGAGGCUGCCAGCAGGGGGGAGAAAAGUGAGAGCUCUGCAUAUUUACCACCCAUAAUCAUUACCCAUAGAGAUAGAUACAGUAUUAGCUAUAUAUAGUAUUUAUCUCUAUGACUAUGUCGAUGUCGAUGACCCUUUAACUGUUCCAACAGGAUAGACACUAUACUGUACAUGUGAUUCAAGUGAUACAUGAAACGUAUCAUAGCACGUGUUCAAAACACGCACAUAGGUCAGUGUUCAGCAACCUAUAACAACAACAUUAACAUUAGAAUGGUAGAGCAGAAUUUUUCUGUACUUUUUCAGUGAUAUCAACUGCUUCCUCUGUUCCAUCAUGUCAGAUACCAUCGAGGCCUCCACAGCUCCUCCUAGUGGCCAGUCCAGUGAAUCCCCCACCCCCACGCCCCCCACCUCCAUCCCCAUCAUUUCAGCCAAUCACGAGGUGCAGCACGUGGAGGUGGAGCUGGUGACUCCUCCCCCAGCGGCGGCGGGGGCGUCGCCCAAGACAGGCAUCAUCCGGAGGACCCUCAAGUACUCGGAGACGGACCUGGACGCCGUGCCCCUGCGCUGCUACCGCGAGACCGACAUCGAUGAGGUGCUAUUGGCUGAGCAGGAGGAUGCCGACUCAGCAUUUGGGAGUAACCGUAGCGUGAAAAGCACGUCGGGUACAGGCAGCAGCCCCCUCGGUGUCUGUCCCUAUAAGAGAACAAGUGGGGAGGAGGAGGAGGAGGUGGAAGGAGAGGAGGAAGAGGAGGAGGAGGAGGAGGAGGAGGAUGAGGAGGAGGUGGUGAGCUGGGUCUCAGUGAGGAUGCAGGGGGACAUUAAGAGGCAGCAACAGCAGCAGGUGAUCAGUCAGCUGCUGAAG